AUGGCCCAGAUCAACGGCCAACAACAGGAGCAACAAAGCUCUAGGCGGGCUCGCCGCACCCGCAGCAGAGACGCCCUGAAGACCUCACUAUCGGUGCCCUCCUUGACUCGAGAGAACAGCGAUUUUGCUAGGUCAGAUUCUCAUGCUACCCCAGACCUCGACUACAUGGAGCCAGCCAUGGAGGGUCCGCCUUCUCCUGAAAGGCUUCGCCAACUGAGCAAGCAGAUGAAAAGGGCUUCUUAUUUGAACCGUCCCCGGGUGCAACGACAGCAAUCGGCAGGCUCCUCACCUUGGCAUGCAACAGAACGAUCACCUUGGGAGCACUCUUUCGAGAACAUGUCGCUCAGUCGCAACCCGUCAAGCCGAUCCAACUCGAGCGGCGCGCCUUCGGAGCAGCGCACCUCGAGGGAAAGUGUCCAAAUUCUGGGACGCAAUUUGUUCCAGCGGGGCAACCACGCAAACAACAAGUACAAGCGCGCCAGCAGCUCUCACAGCUCGUCCAACAGCUCAAUGUACUCUGCCGAAACGAGUGCGGAACCCUUCUCCAAGGACUCGCUCAUUCCGACCAUCUUCGCUAGGCGCAAACCUUCGCGUGACGACACAGCACAGAAGAGACUGCAGAUUUCGGGACCUUUCAACUUCCAGCAUGUCACCCACACGAAUCGACACGAACUGCCCGCCCUGCACAGCGGGAGUCGCGGGGACACCACCGCGGAACCCGGUGCACUGAAGAUCAAGGCUCAGGAUCUGCACCAUUUCCACAAUGCAUCCAUCGACUCUAUCCAGGGCGACUUUGAUGACGCCCCGUUGGCCGCCCCGCCAUCUCGCCCUCCGUUCGCGCCUCGUCACACUGCGCCUGUUUCUGGCUCGUACCAUGCUAUAAGGUCGGCCAAGUCUUCGGAUCAGCUUCGCACCAAUCCACCGCGAGCUUCCCAGCUGCUCGGAUCUCAUUCCCCUACCGACUUUGGCGGCACAGAGCCAACCGGCUUUGCACCCGUGCCACCACCUCGCCUUUCGAGCCGCCAAUCCCUGGCACCAGAAGGCUUUAGCGCAUUCGGUCCUGCGGCUGCCGACCGCCCUCGAACGAGUGGGGGCUUCCGCAAGCCACAGCCGUUCGAUCCCUCGGAACAGCCAGAGGCCUCGUCACCAUCGCCAGCGACUGCGCAUGGAUGCAUGCCAUCAGCUGAUUUCGAGGCGUUUGGCGUCGAGGGCGACGGGCCAUUUUCGCACGCAAUCACUACCCUUGACGACGCGGCAUGGCCACUCGCCUGCCCCCAGCUUUCGCCUAGUUUUGACAAGGCUCUACCUGAUGUUCCCGAGGAAGAGGAGCAAAACGGCGUCGCUGGGCGCUCGAGACUGAGCAUCGCGAGUAACUCGUCGCUCCGCGGCAGCCACUCUGUCCCCGCGCUUCGGUCUUUCGGAUCUCGCUCCCGGCCCAUGAGUAACCAGUCUGAUACACUCGGCCCAAUCACCAUCGACGUCAAGGUUCGGGUAGAUGCUUCAGGUGCAAGCGAAGAGGCCCCUCUAACACCAGCUUCGCCAACCAGUGGCAGCUGGGAAGAUGCGAUCGACUACUGCUACGAGCAUGAAGCGGACGCCAAUUUUGAUUAUCAGUGGGAUCGUCCGUCUAUGGACAGUGCCCGAGCACCAAUGCAGCCUUCUGUGCAGCUUGCCCUGGCUGAUGGUGGACUAGCCGAAGCGUCGUCACCGAAGGUUCACGGCAACUUAUCCGCUGUGGCAGAGGAGGACAUGCUAGCGAUGACGGUCAGCCAAGCAGUGGACCAGUCCGAAUUCAAGGGCCAGGACACACAGGCUGCCCACAGCCACUUGAUUGUGUCGAGCAACUUUUCACUUCCUCGUGGAGACAAGGGGAGCCGCUUGUCUCAACUAAAGGGUGUGCGCCCGGUAUCGUACGCAUCGAGCUUCCACGAAUCGCAUGGAUUCGACCUCUCCCCCUCCCUGCUUAUCCCUGGGGACUUCCAUCAACAAAUGCUCGCUGAAAAAUACGAGUAUCACGACGACGAGAUUCUGCGCGGACCUUACCAUGACGAGGUUUCGCCGGUGGAGGCGAGGUCUCCUCUGAUCUACCAGCAGCGCUCGAGCACCUCCACCACCAACACCAUGUCCAGCAUACGGACCGACGAUCGUCAUAUCUCAGCCAACUCGGCGUUCACGGCCAUGACUCGUCUGACUGUGAGCAGCAGCAGCAAUUCGCUCAACAAGGCUGCUGGCACAACCAACGAUAUCGAGCAGAUGCCUGCAAACACGCUUGCUGAGGCGCAAGAUGAUGAAAAUGAUACAACUGAUCAGGAGUGCACGCCCCAGAUCAACAUGGAUACAGUGCCUGAGCUGCCAUCAAUGCCAGUCGUCAAUUUUGCAAGGAAGCCUAUGCAUCGGCCGCACGCGAGUGAGUCGAUAGUGCGCGAGGACAUGAGCUCUUUGAAGGCGCAAGAGCCUGUGAGGCCCCGUCGGCCCCGUGCGAGGACGUCGAGCCUGUCCACACAGGUCGCACCACCUGUCGGUCAAUACGCUCUGUUUCCGCGCUCCCACAUCAAAGGUACCGGCGAGCACAUCUAG